AUGGUCGCGACCCAUGUGGUGAUUGUGACGUUGGCAGUGGCUUUGGUGGCUGGCCCUCUGGCUGUGGCGGCGUUGGUUGUGGCGUGGGUGAUGGCCCCUGCUGUUGUGGCGGAGGUGUUGCAGAUGCUGACUAAACAUGGCCGGGCGCACUUUAACUACACCCUAUCAAGUAUGCAUAUGGCUGUGGAGUGCGCAUUUGGCCGCCUCAAAGAGAGGUUUCAAGUCCUGAAAGGGCCAGUGAACGCGAAAACGUUGGGCUCAACCGUGACGCAUGUUAUGUCCUGA